CAUUUGCAAAAGAAUCGACUCCUAAGAACCACUCAUUCUAGAUUUGGACAGGAGCACUAAGCUGAAGAGCCAUGGCGGUGAAACAAAUGACAUGGUUGGAUAUCUAAAUUACACAGAGCACAAGCACCGGCGUCCGACCACUAUGAGAUAUUCGCGAAGAUGAGCUCUGGCAUUCCAUUCAGUGUCUCAUAGGAACCAGGAAGAGCUCAUGGCAUUGUCCCGCUAAGGAUUAAGCACCGUACCUAAAAAUUCCGAUUAAAAGUGGGGCUUUUAAAGGUCAGUAAGAUGAUAAAAGCCGAAAGCAAGGCUGAACGCAGCCUUCGCAGCGCCUCUCCGCAUAGAAAUGCAUACACGUCGGACUUCCACGCCAUUAAGUGCUCCUUUGAUGGGACCAAAACCGACAGCGCGGCCAAAUCCUAUGCUAAUGGGGCCAGCGACCCCCGGGAGGACUCAAGAGGGCGACCGUUUGGCAACCGGGUGAACAAAAUCAAGAACAUCUUCCUGCAGAUGGACGGUCAGCAACAGCCGGAGAGCCCGGAGGCAAAACCCGUCACGUCUCCCGUGUCCGUGUCCCCAGUGUCUAAGUUCCCGGUUAGCACCAACAAAACCCGCCUCGGUAGUGCUAACAACCAAGAAGCACACAGAACUCCUCAAGGAGAGGAAGUUGAGGUAGAUAAAUCCACCCUGGCGGAGAAGUUUUCAGUCACCAGAAAGCUCUUUGAAAGGGGGUUAAAGGAGCAACCCUCCGCGGAGAGGCCGGUAGCUGGCAGAGUUUCUACUCGCCUGUCCCAGGGGAGGGGGUCUGAGGAGGGGCGCGGGUGCCGGAGGUCCUUUGGAUCUUCUGAAGAUACUGUCAUCAAAAGCCCCACUUCAACCGUACCGGUAGAAAGGAGGGACGUUGAGGACUCCAAGGAGGUCAAUAGGUUAUCGCUGAAUGCGGGGCCCAUUUCCAGACGCUUGGAAAGCUUCAUCGCCGAUGGUGACAAUGAAGACUCGAUAGGAGCUUCAGCUAAAAGCCCGGAAAAAGUCAGCAGCCCCAUCGAAGGAUCUCUGCGAGGAAUAUCCCAAAAACCAACACCGCAUGAGGCUGAUCCCAGCAACAAACCCGUGUUCCAAUUCUCACCUAAAACGGAUAUCCAGUCUUCAGUGGUCGGCAGUCCUCCAUUCAAGUCCACGAGUCUUGUUUCUCCGGUGUCAUCCAAACUAACCUCCCCGACCAGCGAAUCACUGUCUCCCACUACCCACAGCCCAUUUAAACGCUCUCCGCCGAGUCCACCUAGUCCUCAACCGAGAGACCUUCAGCCUCUACCCUCACCAAACAGUUUUUACAAGGGCACGAGGAGCCCCGAGUUACCAAAAAACGAGAACGACGAAAUUCAGAGCCCUUCCAGGGACAAAGCUCCCGAGCAGUCUCAACUAUGUCUGGACGCCACCAGGGUUGGAGUGGUUCGGGCGGAGCUCGUGGCGGUCCAGAACGAGUCGUCGGAAAGCGAGGAGAGCGAAGAUGACCUUUUGGAUGAUGUUUUCAUAGAGGUGAGGCAACAAAGGGACCUUAAAUCUGAGGUACCGAGUGAAGAUUUCAUUAAUGCUCCAGAGGUCCUGUCAUCUCAGGACCCUAGGGAGAAAAGUACAGACGUUGAAGAACAGGAGGAGGAUGAUGCGUGUUUUUUGACAGCAGAGCUGAAGAGAGAGGAAGAGAAGGAAGAAAAGGAUUUUGGUAAUCGUGGAGAGAAUAACAUUCUUGAAGAUGAUGAGGAUAGCGAGCAGGAAGAUCCGGACGAAUGCGCAUCACCUGCGUUUUAUAGUUUUGAGAACGCUGCAUUUGUGGAUGAUAAGGAAGGCGAACCGGUUCUGAACCAGGAUGAGGAUGUCUACGAGGAGUAUGAUGAAAUUCCAGGUCUGUCUGAGGAAGAGGAACGGCCUUCAAGGAGGGCAAUUCGAUUCUCCACUCAACCGAUUCGGGUGUACUGCACAUUCUCCAAUGAAGAUUACGACCGGAGGAACGAUGACGUGGAUCCUGUGGCCGCAUCUGCCGAGUACGAGCUGGAGAAACGGGUGGAGAAGAUGGAUGUGUUUCCUGUAGAGAUCGAGAAAGGUGAUAAAGGGCUGGGGAUCAGUAUUAUAGGGAUGGGUGUUGGGGCAGAUCAGGGUCUGGAGAAACUGGGCAUCUUUGUUAAGACCAUCACUGAAGACGGAGCCGCGGAGAGAGACGGAAGGAUUCAGGUGAAUGAUCAGAUCGUAGAGGUGGACGGCAUCAGUCUGGUUGGUGUGACGCAAUUCUUUGCUGCGACUGUCCUCAAGAACACAAAGGGAACUGUCAGGUUUCUGAUUGGCCGAGAGAAGCCAGGUGUUCAGAGCGAAGUGGCCCGGCUGAUCAGUGAGACUCUGGAGCAGGAACGACAGCAGCAGCAGGUGGACGACACCUAUGAGCAGUCCACCGAAGAGGACGAGCACUACGAGGAUGAGGAGGAAGGAGGGGAGGAGGGUAUCCUGGGUUCGAGUUUUAGCCAGAGGAAUGCGGAAGUGCAGGACCUGCCUGAGAGCGAGGACAUGUUCCUACCGUCAGACAUGGACACCACUCAGCUAACUUUCAGAUUCAAAGAGCUCCAGAUGAAACACAACAUCGCAGAGGCUGAAGUAGAUGAACUCAAAGAGCGGUUGAGGGAGUCGGAGGAGGAGCGGGCGGCGUUGGGGGCGAGAGAGGCUCAGUUAGAGCGGACCAUUCAGGAGAACUCUGAGAGAACCGCUCAGAUGGAGAAGAACUGGCUGGAGGCUCAGACUCUCUGUAAAACCAUCAAUGAGAAACUCAACAACACACAGAGCCAGUAUGAAGAGCUGGAAAACAAAUACAUCAAAGCCAAGAAACUACUCAAAGACUUUCAGCAGAAGGAGACCGAUUUCGAGCAGAGGGAGGAGGAGCUGAAGAAAGCUUCAGAGAAGAGAGAGGCCGUAUAUAAAGCUCAGAUAGAAGAUCUGCAGCGGAGGUUGUCAAAGCUUGAGUCUGGUGAUGGUGAUAAUGAGCUUUCAUUGUCAGCCAGAAAGUCUGCAGAUUCACUUCUUCUGGGGGUGGACUGGAGUGAGGCGGUUCCUGAGACGGAGCGUUUGGACACCAGUGUCCACCGUGCCAAAGGUCAGCUGGCCCAGAAAGCCAAGCGACAGCCGCCAUCCCGCAGUAAACUGAAAGAAACUCUCAGUUCCCCGGGAGAACAUUCACAGGAUGGUGAAUCAGUCAGUGCUGAAACUCCUCCGUCUCGCAGGAGAUCAUUCCGGGAGAGUUUGACUCUGGCAGUGGCCAUAUCCUCCCCUGUCAGUCCCUCAACAGAAAGCGUUACGUCUUCUGUGGCCAACAGUAGCCAAUCAUUGCUGAAGGAUGCACAGAGUCCUGCCCUCUCAACAUCCAAAGACUCCUCCCCCUCCAGUUUCCUUCGGAAUGUAAAGAAGAGAGAGUCCAAAGGCAAAGGCAAGGAGCUUAAAGAGGAUUCUAACGAUGCCGCUGGAAAACCCAAACGCAGAUUCCCAGAUUUUGGUGGCUUGAGGAAAUCUGGUGGGAAAGGGAAGAAACAAAACAAAGAAUCGAUGAGGGCGUCGCUGGACAGCAGAGGUUCGGCGGAGUUGUUGGAGGAGCCAGGAGUUCGAGUCUCUCCCUCAGAUUCCAUGAGCUCCAUCCCCACCUGCAUGCCUUUCUCCUGGUUCGGAGAGAAGGACAGAGACCGAGACAGAGAUCCUUCAUCUUCAUCCAGCAGUCUCCCGUACACCGCUACAGAUGCCAGUGAACAAUCACACAAUUCUAAAAACAAGACAAACCUCUCGUGGUCUUCUCUGUUCAGUCGCUCCUUAGAUUUGACUUUGUCAGUGCUAGAUGAUUCGAACCCCAGCAGUCCGGGUUCAGAAUUGUCUGGGCUGGUGGUGGAGCCCAGCCUGUCGGGUCGCUCGCACACGUUAACCUUCUCAUCCAGCGAGAUGCUGGAUGAGGAGCCGUGCUCUACUGGAAAGGACUACCAGUGGCAGAACCGCCCGGUCUCUGAUUGGACGUCUCAGCAGGUGUGUCAUUGGCUGAUGGGGAUGAAUAUGGAUCAGUACACACCAGAGUUCACCACACAAUCCAUCGACGGACAGCAGCUGCUGAACCUGGACAGUGACAGACUCAAGGCUCUGGGUGUGUCCAGUCAGAACGAUCGCGCCACCAUUAAGAAGAAACUGAAGGAGAUGAAGAAGGCUCAGGAGAAGCUGGAUAAACAGCGCGAGAAGCGAGAUAAAGAGGCCAGACGGAGCGCACGGCUACCCGCCAGCACUGACUCAUUAUGUUGAUGAUAUUCAGAAUCAGUGCAUGUCACCAUUUGUUUCUCUUCACAUCACUGUAUGACACACUCCGGCCCCGUUUCAUCCAUAGAUGACAUGGGACGACUAAAUAACCACUGUACUUCCAAUACAAACACUAAGUCAGCGGUCAGUAAAUGAUCAAAAACCUGAUCAGAAUCAUUCAUGAAGCUCCUUAUGAAACCCUGAGUGAGGAUGUUUGAAUACACGCGUCCUGACCACUAUUGAACGGCUUUUGGGUUUGACAUGUCUGUCUUUAUAACCACUCUCAUUCCAGCACAAAGUUUUUGUCCAUAUGUGUUUGGUUAGCGCCUGUGAGUUUGCUAAGAUCAAUGUUUACUGACCGUGUCCAUCUUUCGUCCAAUUGCCUUCUGGGUAAGAGUUUUAUUUUAUUAUAAUUUUUUAGUUUAUUAGACUAGCGUAUGACAUGGUUUGGAUUUUACAUCUGUCCAAUCCAUAGCAGACCAAAAAUUUAUUAGUUUUAAUUGUAUUUUAUGACACAACCACUAUAGGGGCUAUAAAAACGUGCUAUUUUUAUGGAAAAAUGUAGUCGGACGCAAAUUUUCACAACUUUGCCGCCAAUAUGGAGGCAUGGAUAGUGCUUUUAAAUAGUUUCUAUUUUAUUUUAGAAGUCAUUUUGGCUUGUGGUGCCCAAUGGAUCAUUUUGCUGGAACUUUGUACAGUUAUAUGAGCACUAUAUUUUUACCGAAACUAGUUGGGGCACGGUUUAUAAAUGUACAAAUAAAAUGUUUUAUAUACAUCUAUUAGAAUAUCUUUAAGGAAAAACAUGAAUCUAACUUUUGUACACGUUCUACUAAGUAGGAUAGCUCACUGGUUAAAAUGAUUUGCUAAUUCUAAAAUGCAGAAUAAAACUGGUGAAAUGAAUUCGCGUCUCUGAAAUCGAUUGUAUUCGGACAGUCAGGAUUGAUCACAAAUAUGCUGGCAUAGUUUUAUCAGUAACUGUGACCAGAACUGUAUUUCUCUGAUGGUGUAAUACGUCGAAGUAAAGGAUUAUCAUCUGAUUGUAAAUUUGUUUUAAAAACAGACUCAAUCUGUGUUUGUCAUCAUGAUUUUAUGUCCUGUGAUCACAAAAUACUUUUCCACUGUAUAAAAUGGCUGAUUUUUUAGACUUAAAUCAAACUUUCUAUCUGGUACAAAAUGUAUAAGCUGCAAAAUAAAUACUUUUUACUCUGUAACAAAAUGUUGAAUUACAAGUUUCUAAAAUAUUCCAAAAUAAAGUCGUUUAGGGUUAGUUCA